CUAAGAGUCAGAUUAACACAAGUCCAUUUUUAUCACAAUUGAAUUAUACGUAUCAUUUAUUACGAGCAAUGUUGAACGAGAAAUAGUAAACUUGCAAGAAUCUGAUUUUGCACUUGAUAGAAAAAGUACGCAGUAUUUGUGUAACUCUGUCUAAUCAGAGUAAAUUGGACUUUUCAGUUUAACAGCUCUAUAUGUUACUCCGUCACUGCUUUGAGAAAGUACAAAAGGAAUCAAAGAUCAAAAUAAAAUAUAAUAAAAUAAUCUUUGUACCUACGAAACGUAAUUUUCACAUUAAUAUUGUCACUAUUAUUUCUCUUCUUAUUUUGGCAGUCUAUCCUACUUUCACACAAACUCACAAAACACUACUAUCUUUCACAUCUAGUUUUUACAAUUACUACGAAAAUAAGUUUAAUUUUUACUUCUAUUUCGUUUAAUCACGAUUAGUGUACCCAAGUGUAAUAAACAUUAUAUUGCCUUAAAUUCAAUAUCUCCGCAAUAUAGUUCAAUUCGAUAGUUUGUAUUAACAGUGCUAUUUUAUUGAACAAUUAAAAUUGUAUAUUCGUUUUAUUUUUAUAAUCGUUCAAAUUUAACGCCUAGAUUAUGUGAAAACCACAUACGCAAUAUUAGCAUUGUUUUUUGGUUAGGUUAACCUUAUACGAAUGAUAUUAUUUUUUAAACAAUUUAUACAUUGUAAAAUUUAACAACGUUAAAAUUGUAUUCAAAUUAGUUAAAAUGCAUCAACGUAUGUUAUAUAACAAAAUACUUAUUCCGUUAACAAGAAGUGUUUGGUUAGGGCACGUGAAUAAAUGUUCAAAUGAUGGGACCAAAAAUGUCGAAGAAUUUUCAACAGAUAAUUUAGAGUCUUCGUAUAAUACGCAAGAUGUUUCCCAUCUGCUCGAACAAUCCACAACAUACAAAGAUGCCAAUGAUAAAAAUUGGGCAACAACGCCAUAUCCUAAAGAUGUGCUAGUAAAAAAAACAGAUGACGAAGAACCAUCUAUAGAGCCUGAAAAUACCUCAGUAUUAUUAUUUCCUGGACAAGGUACUAUUAAAGUUGGCACAGUCAAGAAAUAUAUGCAUUUCCCAGCUGUUAAAGAACUUUUUGACUCUGCCAAUGAAAUACUUAAUUACGAUCUAUUGAAACUUUGUUUAAAUGGUCCGCAAGAAAAAUUGAACAGGACCGAGUUCAACCAAGCCGCUACGGUAGUUUCAUCGUUGGCUGCGUUAGAAAAACUUCGCGAAGAAAGGCCUAAUGCACUUGAUAACUGUGUUGCUACGGCAGGUUAUAGUGUAGGGGAAAUAACUUCUUUAAUUCUUUCUGGUGCCAUAACGUUCGAAGAUGGAAUUAGAUUGGUUCACGUCAGAGGGAAUGCUAUGCAGCAUGCUGCAGAUCAAGUACCCCAAGGAAUGAUGUCUGUGGUAUGUACACGGGAAGCAAAAGUUUCCAAAGCUUGUACAGAUGCAGAGAAGUGGGCGAUGGAAAUGGGCAUUGAGAAUCCGAUAUGCAGAGUUGCUAUUUUUCUAUGCACAGAAAGGAAGAUAUUCGCAGGAAAUAUAGAAGCAUUACAAUAUAUUGAAAAGCAUAGUAAAGAGUUGGGCUUUAGAAACAUAAGUAGAUUGCCUGUAUCGGGAGCAUUUCAUACGCCACUAAUGAAUCCUAGUUUGAAGCCAGUGUUUAAAAUAUUAACAUCGAUAGAACUAGAUGAACCUAGAUGUAAAGUGUAUUCCAAUUACAAAGGAAAACCAUAUGGUAGUCUACAAUUCAUGAAGAAAUAUAUACUAAAACAAAUUGUUUCCCCACUUAAGUGGGAACAGUGUAUACAAAAUAUAUAUAGCAGAUCACAAAAUACAUCAUUUCCAAAAACGUACGACAUAGCAUCAGAAGGAAGAAUGAAAACUAUUUUAAAAUUAAUUAAUGCAAAAGCACAUAACUCGUGUAUUGCAAUUUAAUUUUGUAUUUAGUAGAAGAGUGAAUAUGUAAUUUGUAUUACGUUGGUCGUAUUUCUUUCUUAAAAC